UAUUGUCAUUGACUGUCGAACUGUCUCACUGAUAUAAAGCAGAUUAGCACGUCAAAAACAACAGAAAAUUUUCUCCAGAACCUACCGAAGUGAAAAAUUAAAUUGAACAUUGAAUUGAACAAACCCUAAAUCACACAACAGUUUCGAACCAACACAAAACAUAUUUCAAGAAACAUCCUGAUAUUAUCCAUUUACAUCUGGAUUAUACAUCAUGUGGUUAACAGUGAAUCGGAAUUAUUUCGCCAUGCUCACGGUGCUCUGCGUAGCGGUUGUAUUCUUCAGUUUAGCACCAGUUAGCGGAAAUGCAGAAAAAGAGAUCCCCCUCACUAAGUUCAGUCAAAAUGUCGGUGGCUAUGGGGCAACAAUGACUUUCCUGUAUUGUUAUUCCUGUGGAUAUCGCAAGGCUUUCGAUGAAUACUAUAAUAUUAUUCAUGAAAAGUAUCCUGAAAUAACGAUCCAAGGAGGAAACUAUGAUCCUCCUGGCCUUAAUAUGUACCUUUCGAAGGUUCUUCUCGUAACAAAGCUGCUGAUGAUCAUCGCUCUGGUAUCGAACUUCGAUGUAUUCGGAUUUCUACGGCAGCCAAUGCCAUCCUGGUGGCGCUGGUGCACAGAUAACAAGCUGUAUGCCUGCAUGAUGGUGUUCUUCCUCGGCAACAUGCUGGAAGCUCAGCUCAUAUCAUCGGGCGCAUUCGAAAUUUCGCUGAAUGAUGUUCCGGUGUGGUCGAAACUUGAAACUGGACGCAUACCAGCACCGCAGGAACUGUUCCAGAUAAUCGAUAGUCAUCUGCAGUUUUCUGACAAGAUCGAACAAAACCCAGACUUUGUGAAAUAAAAACAAAACUCUUUUCAGUGUAGCUAUGAGUAGAGGUGAGGAUUUAGUUUUUGUUUGUUACUUUUGUCUACCUAACAUCUACUGUUACUAUUGAGGUGAAAUUAGUUUUUCUAUUAUUUACAUAAAAAGGAGGCAAUACAUUCUAGCCAAUACAUACAAAAAAUGUAGCAGCGACACAGUUGCUCAAACAAAUACUUGGAGAUAGGCAGAAACAUAUUGCAGGAAAACUAUUCAAAGGUAUAAAACAUUUUAUGAGUAGACCUCGAUAAUCACUUAACUAUGAGCGGAAGGUUGUGUCAGGAUAUUUCAAGAUUCAUCAAAUGUUAUUAAUAUGAGAUUGUGAAUGAAUAAGUUAGGUGGUGAAGAAUGUAA